AGUCAUUGAGAUUUCUAUAUAUACACAUAACCCCUUCUUUCUAUCAUCAACCAACAACAAGCAAUCUAAUAACUUUUAUCUUUUCAUACUUCUCUUCAAAAGAAUUCAAACUUUCAGACAAAAAUAUAUAGAAAUGGCUUUGAUGAGAAGUCUGUUGAGUGCAAAGAAGGUUCUUGGGCGCUCUAUAACAGCAUCAGCUUCUACAAGCAAAAGAGCCUCGGCUGCACCACCAAAAGGGUUUCUUGCGGUGUACGUAGGAGAAAGCCAGAAGAAGAGAUAUGUGGUGCCAAUCUCAUACUUAAGCCAGCCUUCGUUUCAAGCUCUCCUCAGCAGAUCUGAAGACGAGUUUGGGUUCGAUCAUCCAAUGGGUGGCUUAACCAUCCCUUGUCCUGAAGAUACUUUCAUCACUGUGACGUCUCGGCUUCAGUGAUGAUUAUUCACCAUUUUUGUUCUUAGAAUUAGAGUUAGACUCACUUAAUUCAUUGUAUAUAGAUGAAUUUUUACUCUUUUCUUCUCGAAAGAGAUUUUCGAAAAGGUUAUAAAAUGACUUCAGUUUUCAUGCAA